UUGCUACUUUUACUUAAGUCAAAGAUCUUCUUCCAUCGCUGGCAAUAACAGAAAACAUAGUAGGCUAUAAUUAAAAUUUGGCCAAUAUACUAUACUAGAAGUACGUCACAAAAUGUUUGCACAUGUAAAAACACGACCCUGAAAUAGUCCCGCAUUCCUUUCCGCUAUAACGAUGUGGAGAAAAACAAGAUAUGUCGACACAUUUUACCAGCUGAAGCCAAAAACAUUUAAAAAACAUAAUUUUCAACAUAUUAUGUCAUAAAAACAAGGAGAUUUCACAACCAGCAGGCGCAACAAGAAGUACGCAAACGGAACAUCGAGCUGAACCAAUGGCUAAUGAGAGAUUCCAUAUGUGGGUGUGGCAGACCAAACCAAUGAACCAAUGGGGAAGCCGUAACCGUGUGAACACGUGGAAGUGGCAGACGGUUGGGCCAAUCACAACACUCCCCGAAGUGCGCCCGCGGUGAACGUGAAGGGGGGCGCGCGCUGGCUGAGUGCACGCUCGCAGAAAGCAGCUACGCAGGCGAGAGGGGCAGAAGCCGAAUGGUGGUGGAGCUGAAGAUGGCGGAUGGAGACAGCGGGAGUGAGCGCGGUGGUAGCAGCGGGGGAGGAGGCGGCUUCCAGCACUUCCAGAGGGACCAGGAGACCCAGGAGCUGGCGUCCAAGCGCCUUGACAUCCAGAACAAGCGCUUCUACCUGGACGUCAAGCAGAACAGCAAGGGCAGGUUCAUCAAAAUCGCCGAGGUAGGAGCCGGGGGCUCCAAAAGUCGCUUGACCCUCUCCCUGUCAGUGGCGGCGGAGUUCCGGGACUACCUCGGGGAUUUCAUCGAGCACUACGCCCAGCUGGGGCCUAGCAGUCCGGAGCAGAUAGCCCAGGCCAGCGCGGGUGAGGACGGCGGGCCCAGGCGAGCUCUCAAGAGCGAGUUUCUCGUCCGGGAGAACCGCAAGUACUACCUGGACUUGAAGGAGAACCAGCGGGGGAGGUUCCUGCGGAUCCGGCAGACCGUAAACCGUGGACCUGGCUUUGGAGUUGGGGGCCCCGUGGGCGGCAUGCUGGCCGGCCAGACCAUAGCCCUUCCGGCCCAGGGGCUAAUAGAGUUUAGAGACGCCCUUGCUAAGCUCAUAGAUGAUUACGGGGGAGACGACGAGGAGCUGGCCGGGAGAAUGGCCGCCGGGGGCUACAGUGAGCUUCCCGAGGGCACCUCCAUCAUGGUGGACUCCAAACGGUUCUUUUUCGACGUCGGGUCCAACAAAUACGGAGUGUUCCUGCGCGUGAGCGAGGUGAAGCCCAGCUACAGGAACUCUAUCACCAUCCCGUUCAAAGCCUGGGGCAAGUUUGGAGGAGCUUUCAGCAGAUACGCCGAGGAGAUGAAGGAGAUCCAGGAGCGGCAGAGGGAUAAAAUGUACGAGAGGAGGGACGAGUCCGAGGGAGAGGAGGUGGAUGACGACUGAGAAAACUAAACGAAACAGCUGUUAGUCAAGUUACGUGACAGAUCUGCAAUAUAGGGGGUAUUUUGCAAAAUAAAACAACAACAAAAAAAAAAAGAAGAAGCAGAAAUGACAGAUUAAGUGCAUGACACAUCGUGCUGUAAUAGCCUGCUAAAGUAUCGUGGCGUAAAAAAAAAACAAAAAAGAAAAGAAAAGAGUACAUGUGCAGGGAAUUUAUUGGUGUA